UGCCAGAGGACGUGAGGACCACCCUUUCGCUCAGGCAAAAGUCCCCCUCGCCUCACUCUUCUCUGACCAAGGUGUAGUCUUCCUAAACCUCAGCCAUGGAGACCAUCUUCGCAAUCGGCUCCAACGGCUCCGGCCAGCUGGGGAUCGGCCACCGGGAGGAUGUGUCGGUGCCCAAGCCGGCGCUCCUCGGCGGCGGCGGCGACGGGGUGGUGGCGGUGGAGCCGGCCCAGCUGCCGCCAGUCGCCGCCUUCGCCGCAGGCGGGAACCACUCGCUGCUGCUCACGCGGUCCGGAGACCUGUACGCCGCCGGGGACCUGAACACGGGUGCGUGCGGGCUCGCGUCACCCGACCUGCCCGCCGCCCGUGCCCGACCCCCGGUCCUCCACAGGGUCCAUCUGCCCGGAACCGCGCGGGGAUGCGCAGGUAGCGAGCAGCAGCAGGGACAGGCGACGACGGCCCCGGGGCGCCUGGUCGCGGCGCUGUGGGAGGCGUCCGUGGUCGUCGGCGCCGACGAGCAGGGCCGGCGGAACCGCGUUUACAGCUUCGGGUGCGGUGGCAAGGGCGAGCUCGGCCAGGGGCCCCUGAUCGUGCGGGCGCCCGCCCCGGACCUGAUCCCGGGAUUCCCGCCGGCCGGCACCGAGGUGGUGGACCUGGCCGCCUGCAUGGGCCACGCCGUCGCGGUGCUCGACAACGGCGAGGCGUGGGGCUGGGGGCAGGGCAGGAAGGGCCAGCUGGGGGCGCCCGAGGGCGCCGCCGUCACGGAGCCCCGCAGGAUAGAAGGGGUGGGCUUCGUAGUGGCCAAGGCCGCGUGCGGCAAGGACUUCACGGUCCUCGUCGGCGAACGAUCAACGGGUGAGAUUCUCGUGCUGGGCUCGGACAAGUGGGGCCUGAAGGCGUCGGCUCCGUCGUCGGUGAAGGAUUGGAGGGACGUCCAGGCCAGCUGGGGUGGUGUCUAUGUCCUGCAAGCGAAUGGGAGCAUCCUCGCUUGGGGAAAGAAUGACCACGGCCAGCUUCCACCGCCCAGCCUUCCCCCAAUUUCACGAAUGGCCGUGGGCAGCGAGCACGUUGUCGCCGUGACCGAGGACAAUGACGCUGUCGUCGCAUGGGGUUGGGGUGAACAUGGCAACUGCGGCCCCCAGAUGCAGAAGCCUGCGUCACAGACUGAACAGUGGAGCGUCAUCGCAUCUUCCAAAUACAUUCCCCCGGGAUCCUGCAUCACAGCAAUCGCCGCAGGCUGUGCCACAAGCUGGGUAAUGAUAGGACAGUCUAUUCCAUAGAUAGCAAGCUUCUCAGAGCGAGAUGACAUCAAGCUGAAGAAACUACCUAUCGCGAUUAUGAUUCCAUCUCCGUCAUAGAGGAGUGUACAGUGGCAGGCGCGGCAGUUCCUCGGAAAUAUGGCCAGAUACAAGGUAGAUCAAGCACCAAAAGCGAGGAGACAGGUUAUUUUUC